CCCCCCCAGCCUCACUACAUCCAGGACAAGGUGUUUGUGGGUAUGGAGAAGGCUCCGGAGGAGUUCAAAGCCAAGUCGAGGAUCGAGGGAAUUGGCGGUAGCUUCCUCGGCCACAUCGCCUCGCAGACGGGUUCAAAGGUCUACCUGAGGGGGCGGGGCUCCGGGUUUCUCGAACCUACUUCAGGUCGAGAGUCCUUCGAAGCCAUGUAUCUCUAUAUUAGUCACAGCAACCAGGAGGGGCUGACAGCGGCCAGGAAGCUGUGUGAGAGCCUCAUUCAGACGGUUCAGAAGGAUUUCGAGAUGUGGAAGAGAAGUCAGCAGCCUCUUGGGUUUGGCGGGCAAGCCCCUCAAUAUCACAGACCACAGUUCAGCAAUCCCUACCAGCAGCACGGAGCUUACCCCCAGCCAACGUUUGUUCCAAUGCUCCCCUCCGCUGUGGGACCUAAUUUUGGACCCCCUCCCCCAGGGGCCUACCCACUGCCACCUCCGGGGUGCAGUUUUUACCCCGGUCCCCCAGUACAGCCUCCUGCCGGGCCAUAUGGCCCUCCACAUCCCGGGGGGUUCAGACCCCCACCACCAGCUGAAUUUCAACCACCUGGACCCCCUUACCAUCAACCUCCUCCGCCUCACCAGAUCCCUCUACCUCCUGAGGUCAAUACUCCUGAACAAAACACUUCCUACCAUCCCCCUAAUACGAAGAUUGAAGAGGUCACCGGUAGCAGUGGUCCAGUUGUUCAGCCCAAUCCACCCACUAAGAGAAGAUUUACUGAAACAGCAAAUAGUGCAAAUGGUUUGAGCAGCACUGACAGUUCUCCCUACUGGGCCAAGCUCCAGGAACCCCCUCAGCUGCGACGGUUCGCCGAGGGACCAACACCAAACCAAGAGGGGACCGGCAACACCGAAAGAGAACCACCACCGACCGCUACACAGGACCAAACUCGGACCACUGUCGACCAGGGGGAGACCACCAGAGAACCGAUUGAACCAGCAACACAGGGAGAAGAGACGACACUGGCAAAAGAUGCCACCUCGGAAGACGUAUCGAAACUGGUGCCUCCUCCUCCUCCUCCAGCUCCCACGGAGAAGAAAUCUGAGGCUACUGGUGUACCUGUCCAUGCCUCCACCCUCAUUUCUUCCUCCACGUGUCGCUACAGCUGCUACCUCCUCUGAUGGUCAGACAAAACCCUCUGAGUCACCCCAGCCUCCUCCUCCGCCCCACCACCAAUGAUAGUCCUCCUUCCCCUCGCUCACCCCCUCCCUCCUCCUCUCCUCCCCCUCCUCCCCCUCCCCCCAAACCUAAACCCUCCGGUCCACUAGUCUCGUAUGGCGAGGAUUCUGACUCUGACGUCGAUAGUUAGGGCUGAGGGACACAUCUCAGAAUCACUCUCGCGUCCAAAACCUCUUCAUUCUAUUGACAUCUAUUGCGACGGUACUUACACAUCAUACAUACUAUGUAUACAUGUCUAGUGUACAGCACCUGAUGGCCUUCACCUGCACUUCUCUACCUGUCAUGAAAAUUUGUAAGUAUUUUUGUGAAAUUUUUUGUUAUUGGUGAGCGAAGUGAGAGCCCACCUAGUCAUCUGUUUUGAAUUCUACAUACAUGUAUGGUGCUGUCCACCACACCAU